AAUGUUGUUCACGACACGCAAAUGUCGCCUCCCUCCUCUCCUCUCCUCUCCCCGCUCCCGGUCCAGUCAGUCCCAGCUCUCUCCACCGAACAGGCGAAAACAUUGUCGGGAAGAAAAAACGUUUUUUCUCACAGCCCUUUUGAGCUGUUCAGAGGAUCGGCUCUACUAUGCGGAGUAAGAAAAUGACGUUGGGAGAAUCCGUGGCUCGUCUCGUCUUUCUCCUGGCGCUCUGCGAUGCUCACCGAUUCUUAACUCAGAACAGGGCCUCCCAGUUUCUGUCUCGCCACCGCAGGGCCAACUCUCUGUUAGAGGAGAGUAAGAAAGGUAACCUGGAGAGAGAAUGUAUCGAGGAGCUGUGCAACAAGGAGGAGGCACGGGAGAUCUUCGAGAACCACCCAGAGACGGAAUACUUCUAUCCUCAAUAUGUCUGUAAGUUCCAACCGUUCUGCACCCAGUUGAAAUCCUUCUGGUUUCAGUCAUGAUCAUAUUUCCAUUAAUGAAAUCUAGUGAUACAGCAUCUAGCUAACCCUCAGCCCCCUUUUCCUUCCACGAGUUAUCAA